CACAAAAAGCCAUAACAAAAGGAAACCGGAAACCAUUAAACCGGACCGGCCACAAUAUCCAGACACCAGCUCGGUGCAAACCAAAAAUAAAGCCAGCCUCGUCAACUCUAAUCUCUACACUGGAGGUCAUGAGGUGAUGAUAAAGCCUGUAUUCUUUGGUUCUUCAGUAUGAAGGAGAACCAAUUUGUUUUUAAUCUUGUAAAUUUGAAAUCUGUGUAGAUGGGUCUCCUUUAGGCAUGAGGAGGUAUUCCUUCUUCCUAUUAAGCCGUUAUCAAGAAUGUUCUCGCCAUUUUCACCCAGGUUCAGCCACAAGCCAAUUCUUAUUCUUGUUCCAAUUUAAUAAUUCAUUGAUCCAAAAUCUAUCUUCCUUAAGCACAAUCAGUACAAGAGCCUUUCCUGAUUUUUCGCCAAAGAAACCUACAAUUAGGGACUCUGAACUUGUUCACCAUAUCUCAACUACCAUCAAGCAAAGCCAAUCUGUGCCCCUUCGCCGUAUUCUGAAGCCCUUUGAAUCCAAAUUCAGGCCUGACCACCUCAUUUGGGUUCUCAUGAACAUAAAGGAUGAUUACAGACUAGUUUUGGAUUUCUUUGACUGGUUCUGCAUAAGAAGGGAUCCAUCACUUGAAGCUCGUUGCAUUGUAAUUCAAAUUGCAGUGGCUGCAAAAGAUCCAAAGAUGGCUCAAGAACUUUUCUGUGAGUUCUGGACAAAGCCCAGUACUAAUGUUAGUUUCUCUUUCUCCCGUAUUCUGGAGAAGUUAAUAUACACCUACAAGGAUUGGGGUUCAAAUCCAUACGUGUUUGACAUCUUCUUUCAAGUCCUUACUGAAGCUGGAACUUUUGAUGAUGCGAGAAAGCUUUUCAAUAAGAUGUUGAAUUAUGGUUUGAUUCUGUCUGUUGAUUCCUGUAACUUAUUCCUUUCUAGACUGUUAAAUAAUAUCAAUUGUCCUAAAAUGGCAUUGAAGGUGUUCAGCGAAUUUUCUGAAGCAGGUAUUUCUUGGAAUACUGCAUCAUAUAACAUACUGAUUCACUCACUUUGUCUAAUUGGGAAAGUGAAAGAAGCUCAUAGCUUACUGUUGCAAAUGGAGUUCAGGGGCUCCAUUCCUGAUGCUAUAAGUUAUAGUACUGUAAUCAAUGGGUAUUGUAAUGCUAAAGAACUUCGAUCAAUGUUGAGAGUUUUAGAAGAUAUGCAGCUUAAGGGAUUGAAACCAAAUGCAUAUACCUUUAACAGCAUAAUCCUUCUUAUGUGCAAUACUGGUAGGGUAGUGGAUGCAGAGAAGGUCUUCAGGGAGAUGAUGUUUCUAGGAAUCAUUCCAGAUAAUGUAGUUUACACUACUCUCAUUGAUGGUUUCAGCAAAAUUGGAAAUUUUGCUGCUGCAGUUAGAAUGUACAACGAAAUGCAGAGCCAGGACAUUGUUCCUGACUUUAUAGCAUACACUGCUCUCAUUUGGGGUCAUUGUCAAAAUGAAAAAAUUGCAGAAGCAAAUAAGCUGUUCAAUGAAAUGCUUAGCGUUGGGUUAAAACCUGAUGAAUUUACUUAUACUACGCUGAUUGAUGCUUACUGCAAGACAGGCGAUGUUAAAAUGGCAUUUUCUCUUCAUAAUGAGAUGGUUCAGAUUGGAUUGGUUCCUAAUGUUGUCACUUACACUGCACUGGUUGAUGGGCUCUGUAAACAGGGGGAUGUCGAUGCAGCAAAUGAACUGAUUCAGGAAAUGCGUGAAAAGGGACUUGUUCUAAAUAUCUACACAUACAAUUCACUUCUCAAUGGACUUUGUAAAUCUGGAAAUAUAGGGCAAGCAGUAAAGUUAAUGAAAGAUAUGGAGGUAGCAGGCAUACAGCCUGAUGUUUUUACCUAUACUUCUUUAAUGGAUGCUUAUUGCAAAUCUGGAGAGAUGGUUAAGGCACAUCAGCUUCUACGUGAGAUGUUGCAUAAAGGGAUUCAACCAACUGCUGUUACAUUCAAUGUUCUGAUGAAUGGAUUUUGUAUGUCAGGGAUGCUAGAAGAUGGUGAGAAGCUUCUCCAGUGGAUGUUGGGGAAGGGUAUAAUGCCAAAUGCCACCACUUACAAUUUUCUGAUGAAGCAGUACUGUGUUAGAAAUAAUAUGCGUGCAGCAGCUGAGAUUUACAGGGGCAUGGUUUAUCAAGGAGUAAUGCCAAAUGGAAAUACAUAUAACAUAUUGAUACGAGGACAUUGCAAGGCAAGGAAUAUGAAGGAAGCAUGGUUUCUGCAUAAGGAAAUGGUCGAGAAGGGAUUUGAUCUUACAUUCGAUACCUACCAUGCACUGAUUAAUGGUUUUAUAAAGAGGAAGAAGUACCUUGAAGCUAGAGUGCUGUUUAAAGAGAUGAGAAGUAAAGGUUUUUUUGCAGAGAAGGAAUUGUAUUUAAUCUUUGCAGAUAUGAACUAUGAUGAAGGGAAUAUUGAUAUGACUCUUGAGCUUUGUGAUGAAGCCAUAGAAAAUUGUUUUAUGGAUAAGACCGAAGGCAGGAAGACAUAUGGCUCGCGACUCGGCCCGGAAAAGCUCGAGCUGGCUCGGCUUGUGGCUUGUGUCAACCAAGCCAAGGCUCAGGGUGAGCCCCAUUUUCGAGCAAUGGCUCGAGCUGAGCCGGCCCAUUCUGCAGCUUGCAUGCGAGCAGGUAGCUGGCCUGCUUGCAUGCAGUUUCAUGUCAGGCAGCUGUACAGGCAGCAUCAGGACAGGCACUUAAAGGAUUAUGUUGAUCUCUAUUCCUCUCUUGGCUGGAAUUCCCUGUCACUUUCAAAAGUUGAUUCUGCUCUCCGAGGCUUAGCUUCUACUAAUACAUUAAUGAUUGCCCAUCUAAUUGCUGUCAACCAAGCAAAAUAUGCAUCGCCAAACGUGGAGGUGCCAGUGGCGGUGGUCCGUGUGGAUUUGAGUUUUGAGUUGGCGUGGGGAUGGAUCUCGACAAUAUAUACAAAUGCACAUACUAACCUACAAACCCAUAAACUUGUAAUUCUCGAAAUUCCUACAAUGGCUUCCGAGGAUGUGAAACUCUUAGGUGCAUGGCCAAGCCCAUAUGUAAUGCGACCUAGAAUUGCACUCAACAUUAAGUCUGUCAAUUAUGAGUUUCUUGAGGAAAAAUUUGGUUCAAAAAGUGAUCUUCUUCUCAAAUCGAACCCGAUUUACAAGAAAAUUCCAGUUUUCAUUCAUGGUGAGAAACCCAUAUGUGAAUCACUCAUUAUUGUUGAAUACAUUGAUGAGGUUUGGAAUUCGGGUCAAUCCAUUCUUCCUUCUGACCCGCAUGAUCGUGCGAUUGCCAGAUUUUGGGCUACUUAUAUUGAUGAUAAGUGGUUUCCCGGCAUCAGGGCCAUCUCAAGGGCUGAUGGAGAGGAAGCUAAGAGAAAAGCAGUAGAGGAAGUCAUUGCAGGCCUAGUUUUACUUGAAGAUGCCUUCAUAAAAUGCAGCAAAGGCAAGAGUUUCUUUGGAGGGGACAAAAUAGGGUACUUAGACAUUGCAUUGGGGUGUUUCUUGGGGUGGUUGAGAGUGACAGAAAAGAUGGGAAAUGUUACACUUCUUGAUGUGGCCAAGACUCCUAAUUUGUUCAAAUGGGCUGAAAAUUUUGCAUCUGAUGACGCUGUCAAGGAUGUUAUGCCUCCAACUCAUAAGCUGAUGGAGUUUGCUAAAGUUCUUAUUGCUAAAUUACAAGCUUCUUGAAAUAGUAGGUUUAGUUUUCUAUUUGGGUUUCACGUUGCUUGAUGAACUCGGCUUUGGUUUGUAUUUUGGCUGUUGUUUCUGGUAUGAAUAAUAUGGUUUUGUCAAAGCUUUUAUUCACUU